AUGUCCUCUGACUUGAAUUACUUUAGGAGUCUCAAUUGGAAUUCUACCGUCUCCUUGGAACUCUCUGUUAGAAAAGAUGGCCUUAGCGUGCUAGAUACCGUUUACUUCACGGCGUAUAGAAAUUCCUACCCAUUUUUCAUAUACCAGCAAUUGAAAUAUGCGUUCCUGCAAUCAAAUCAUAGCUCCAACCAGCUUAACAGUAUCAACGACGACGAUAUUUGGUUUGAAGUCGUUGAUUUGCCCGAGAGCAACACGACCGCUAAUAACAUCCCCGAUAAGCUCAAAUUGCAUUGGAAUAUUGGUCUAUCGUAUGAUUAUUACACGUUUAAUUAUAAUCCACUUAAAAAUCACGCCCCUCCUCUCAAACUCAUCCUGCACUUGUCCAAUUCUGCUGAUAGUGCUGCUGCUCACCUGCAAUCCACCAAACUGAGCUUCAUGGGUAGUUUGAAGGAAUCUCAGCUGAUAUACUGGGGCACUGUUAAGCGCAUAACUCAGUUAAAAACUAAUCAAACUGAGCAGCUGUGGCACUCAAUUCAGUCGAAUGACAUUGACGAAUACUUCAAAAUUGCGGACAAAUUGCUCCCAUUGCCCUUGUCAAUCAAAGAAAAAGAGAUGGAUGAUAAUGAAACGCCAAAACCGCGCUCAAUCCCGCUCAAAUUCAUCUUACCAGAUCAGAUUGUAAUUCAAGACAUUCUUCCGCCAAAGUUAACACUCCAGCAAGCUUUAUCGACAUCGUUGCCCUUACUAUUCCCCUCAGACAGCUCCAAAUACCCACAGCUAGCUUAUCCCGUUCUUCACGGCACAGCUAUCCCUCUCGAAGCUGACAUUUCGUGGCUGGCGUCAACGAUGGCAUCUCCCGACGGCUUUCUUAGAUUCUGUAUCAUUUUAAAUUAG